GCUUUAGCUCGCUCUCUCUGUGUCAGUCAGUCAUGGAGCGGCUGCCUCGAGCCGCGGCGGAGACUGAGGCAGCAGCAGCUGCAGCCAAGGAAGGCGGCGCGGGCUGCGCGCGCGCUGCGGGGAGCGGCGUCUCGCGCCGGCGGGCGCAGUGACAGCGCGAGCCCAGGAUUCCACCUUGUGCCCGCAGCAGGAGCCGCCGCCGCCGCCUGCGAUGCUCAGUCUGAAGUAAGAUUUGACCCCACAGCUUCACUUUAAGGAAGGUCAUGAAACGUGUACGCACAGAACAGAUUCAGAUGGCAGUGUCCUGCUACCUCAAGCGCCGUCAGUAUGUGGACUCGGAAGGUCCCCUAAAACAAGGGCUGAGGCUGUGUCAGACUGCUGAAGAGAUGGCAGCUAAUCUCACAGUCCAAUCUGAAUCUGGUUGUGCCAACGUAGUGUCUGCAGCUCCCUGCCUGGCAGAGCCACAGCAAUAUGAAGUGCAGUUUGGACGAUUACGCAGUUUUCUCACAGAUUCAGAUUCCCAGCACAGCCAUGAAGUGAUGCCUCUUCUGUAUCCCCUUUUUGUCUACCUCCAUCUUAACAUGGUCCAAAAUGGCCUAAAGAGCACAGUGGACAGUUUCUACAGUCGCUUCCAUGGGAUGUUCAUGCAGAAUGCCAGCCAGAAGGAUAUCAUUGAGCAGUUGCAGACUACCCUGACUAUUCAAGACAUCCUGUCCAACUUCAAGCUCCGGGCAUUUCUGGACAACAAGUAUGUUAUCCGCCUUCAAGAAGACAGCUACAACUACCUUCUCCGCUACCUCCAAAGUGACAACAACAAUGCUCUUUGCAAGGUUCUCACCUUGCACAUUCACCUGGAUGUGCAGCCUGCCAAGAGGACAGACUACCAGCUGUAUGCCAGUGGCAGCUCUUCAAGGAACGAGAGCAAUGGCCUGGAAACAACAGACAUGCCUGCUUCCAUACUGCAGAAUGAGGCAGCGCUGGAUUUACUGCAGGACAGCAUUAAACGAGUCAAGGACGGGCCUCCUUCACUAACCACCAUUUGUUUCUAUGCCUUCUAUAACACAGAGCAGUUGCUGAACACAGCUGAGAUCUCACCGGAUAGCAAGCUGCUUGCUGCUGGAUUUGAUAAUUCUUGUGUAAAGCUGUGGAGCUUGCGAUCCAGGAAGUUAAAAUCUGAGCCCCAUCUUGUAGACGUGUCCAGAAUCCGCCUGGCUUGUGACAUCGUGGAUGAGGAGGAGGAAGAUGAUGACAAUGUAGGCACAGAAAUGAAGGUACUGAGAGGACAUUGUGGACCGGUGUAUAGCACGAGGUUCCUGUCAGACAGUUCGGGACUCUUAUCUUGUUCUGAGGACAUGUCCAUCAGAUACUGGGACCUUGGAAGUUUUACAAACACUGUGUUGUACCAAGGGCAUGCCUACCCUGUCUGGGAUUUGGACAUAAGUCCUUGGAGCCUGUACUUUGCCAGUGGUUCCCAUGACCGCACAGCAAGACUCUGGUCAUUCGAUCGGACAUACCCACUGCGAAUAUACGCGGGCCACUUAGCAGAUGUGGACUGUGUAAAAUUUCACCCUAAUUCCAACUACUUGGCUACAGGAUCCACAGACAAAACUGUGCGCUUAUGGAGUACUCAACAGGGGAACUCUGUGCGCCUCUUCACAGGUCACCGUGGCCCUGUGCUAGCACUUGCAUUUUCUCCCAAUGGUAAGUAUCUGGCUUCAGCAGGAGAAGACCAGCGGUUAAAGCUGUGGGACUUGGCAUCUGGCACUCUUUACAAAGAACUGAGGGGGCACACGGACAAUAUAACCAGCCUUACUUUUAGCCCCGACAGUAGUUUGAUUGCCUCUGCAUCGAUGGACAAUUCUAUUCGGGUUUGGGACAUUCGGAACACAUACUGCAAUGCCCCUGCAGAUGGUUCUUCCAAUGAACUGGUUGGUGUAUAUACCGGACAGAUGAAUAGUGUACUGAGUGUACAAUUUAUGGCUUGUAACCUUCUUCUGGUGACUGGAAUUGCACAAGAAAAUCAGGAACAUUAAUUUUUUAGGGAGGUGGGUGGGUGUAUUGAAUGCCAGAGUCCAUUACCAGCUGAGAUUAAAUUACUGACUGUGAAACACUUUCUUCCUCUCUCCCAUUAGCAGACAUGUUCAAAAUGUUGCAAAUAUUUUCAAAUGGCUUUCCCAUAAAAGGACCUAUACUGUUGAACAGAGAGAGAGGAAGAGGGAAUGGCAGAAAACUUUAACCUAGUCUGAUACUGGUAGGGCAGAGGAAGAGGGGAAGAGAGAGCCUGUUGUUCAGUAGCUUGGGACAGCCAAAAGCCUAGUCCAGACAAGUGAAGUUAUCAACUGGACAAGCUGCUGACCUGCAUUUAAAUACUCUGCAUUGACUGAUGGGCAUAUCCUACCUGUUAUUAGUGGAGGCGUGAGUGCGCUCGCAUAUGUGUAACUACUGGCCCAGUUGGCUUUUCUCUUUUUCUGGUAUUGCAGAGAACCAGAAUUUAAGACCCUUACAUUAAAAGAAAAUGGCUAUUUACAGUAAUGGUCCCAAUCACUACAGCUCACAAUAGCACUACUGAAGUGUUUUGGACUAAUAAUGUAAAAAAAAAUCGCCUUUUUUAGUAAGGGGAAGGAAAUCUGAUGUAACAGCCCAUCUCUGCAUUAUCAUUUGGCUUAAAUUCUUGGCACUUCCUAUGAGAUUUGUAACUCUUCCUGGUCCAGGAAUUUGGGAUUUUCCAAAUCUUGUUGCACUGUGUUUUGGAGGUGGAGGGAGUAGGCGAGAGUGGUGAUUUGGGGGUGAUUAAUGACUCACCCUGGCUGGAGAAGAGUAUGAGAGCCUGAUGAAACUUGGCCUUGUCAUAGGAAAGGGUCAUGUCUGCACCUCACCAAAAAUAUUUCAGCAAAUGGAAGUUGGCAGUCUUUGGAGGAUGGGAAGGGGACACGUGAAAUGGAAAAUAGUAUUACUAAAUUAUUGUGCAUACACAGAGGCAGCUUUGCCAGCAUUGGAUUUUUCUCAAAAUGUUGCAAUAUCAAUUAUAUAAACGUUGUGAAACAAAUAGUCAGCAUUUAAAAUCAGGAUCUGAGGAGAAUGCAAGUCCUAGUUUGUCAUUUUGAAGAGAAGAUUAAAUACUUCUGCUUUCUGGAAAGAGUUAUUUUGUAUUUUGUUUUCUAUUAAAAGCAUUUAGUUUAAAAAAAAAAAAA